AUGGAGAGGAAGGAGGAGGAGGAGAACUGGGUCGUCUUCCCACCGCGGAGGGCGGCGGCGAGGCUGCCGUUGGAGAUGAACUCGCUAACCAGUAGCUUCUCGUCUGAGGACCAGUAGUAGGCCCUGAGGCGGACGACGUUGGGGUGGCGCACGCGGGCGAUGGCCUGCGCCUCCGCGGCGAACUCCUUCCGCCGCUGAGCGCCGCCUUCCCCCAGUCGCCGCACCGUCACCGGCACCCCGCUCCGGAGCACCACCUUGUAGACGAUCCCCAGGCUGCUCUUGCCCAGCACGUACGCCGACGCCCUUAGCAGCUCAUCCAGCUCGAAGGAGAACCCCUUGUCGACAGCCACCAGGUGCCCUUCUUCUUCCUCCGCAGCUGCUCCGUCGGAGUUCGGUCCCUCCUCCGACGGCGCCGCCGCCGGUGGGCUGAAGCAGAAACACCUCAGGCAGCAGGGCUCGUUCCCUCCUGCUUCCUCCCUCCCCAGUUUGGUCUUCCUGCUGCAGCUGCACCCGCCGCGGCUUGUGAGCCUCAGCUUCCAGUAGGCGUACACCAGCACAGCGCCGAUCACUGCUACGCCCACGGCGUCUGCGACGGCGAUGAUGAUGAUCUUCCCCGGCUUCAGCCUUUUCCUCCGGGCUUGAUCUUCUCCCUGGUCACUGUAGGAGAGAGGGGAGGACCUGUGCCAGGUAGGGGGAGCGGCGGAGGGGUCCUUGCAGGGGCUUAGGAGGGGCAAGCCGCAGAGCUUGGGAUUGUCGAGGAAGACGGUGGACUCCUGGUUCGACAAAACGCCCACCCGAGGGAUCUUCCCAGAUAGGUCAUUCCCCCGGAGGUCGAGAGUUGCCGCCGGCGGCAGAUUCCCCAGGCUGCUGGGGAUCUCGCCGGAGAAUGCAUUGUGGGAAAGAUUCAGAACACCCGAUAGCGAUCUGAGACUGCCGAGAUCUGGAGGAAUUGGCCCGCUGAAGUUGUUUCUUGACAGGUCGAGCUGCAUGAGGCCGCUGAGCUGAGGCCAUAUCUUUGCAGGGACCUCCCCGGAAAGCCGAUUAUCGGAGAGGAUGA